AUGCCACAAAAAAAAGUCUACCAAAUACGGCCGUCGGGCUGGCAGAACCCCAAGGAGGAAUGGAGGCGCAUGUCGCCUGUCGAUUACGGGACAUACUGGUGGAUGAACUGGAUUUGCAUCUUUCAGGUCCAUAACGAUGCAGACAAGCCGGAAUUCCUGAUCAACUUCAAGGCCGGCCUUGAAGCCACACUGGGACAGUGCCGCCAUGCUGCUGGCACAUUUGAGCGCAAUAAAUUCGGCGACUUUUCGAUUGUGACGCGGCCCAAUAGCACGGCCACCUUUGUCGAGCUGUGGCUGGAUAGGCCAAACGACACGGAAACCUGUAUCCCCUUCAAGGAAUGGAAAGAGCAUCACAACUUUGCCAGCGAAUCCCUUAUGUCCAACCCUAGCAGCCUCGUGGUCUUUCCGAGCUCCUCACCAGCUUCGCCAGAUAUCCCCGGUAGCCCUCAACCGACGAUGGCCUUCCAGCUGACUUUCAUCAGGGGCGGUGCGAUUUUUGGUCUCAGCAGUCACCACUGGUUCAUGGACGCACUGGGUUGUGGUAGUUUUAUCAAUCAGCUAGCGGCUAACUGCGCGGCUGUGGCCUACAAGACAGUCCCGCCUGCCUUCGACGAGAAUCUCAUGGACCGCUCGCGCUUUAUCGGCCCAUCGCUGCCUGAAAAUGACCUCGUGGACGUGUCGCCACCGCCUGCUCUCCACACAAAACGACUUCCCUACGCCUAUCUCCUGUUUCGGCUGCCGCACAGCAAGGCGGCCGAGCUCAAGAUGUUGGCAACACCUACUGACGGCAGCCGGAUUUCGACUUACGAUGCCGUUGUGGCCUACCUCUGGCGCAUCAAUUCUAAGAACCGGGCAUCUAUCUACAAGCCGACGCUGUGGUCGAAAGCUAUAUUUGGGGAGCCGGUGAAUAUGAGGAAUAAGAACUACCAAGGUAUCAUGGCAUGCGGUUCCUUGUCUCUCUUCCAAAAGAAGCCACUGAAGCUGUCGGAAGUCAUCUCCAAGGCGCCUCUGCCCAAGGUGGCCUCCUUCAUCCGGACCAUCACUGACAGCGUCGAUGCCAAAACACUCGAGAAGCACAUUGUUAAGAACAGACGUGCACGCGAUAAGGUCAAACUUCACAAAACUUUGGACUGGCUCCCUCCCAUGUCUCUCGUUUUGACCGACUGGCGCGGCGUUGGCGUGUGUGGCCGGGACUUCGGCGUCGGUCGCUGUGUGGCAUUGCGUGCGCCUUCUGACGAUGUCGUGGCCAACCUUGUAAUUUUGUAUCCGCUGCGCCAGGUUGAAGAUAGCCCCGACCACGGCUGGGAGAUAGUGCUGCCGUUUGAAGAGGCGCAUGUCUACUCGCUGCUUUCGGACCCCGACCUCAAGCGCUUUUUCACUUUCUGCGGCUACGAGGCACAUGCUGCCGAGUAA